UAAAACCCAGAAAAAAGAAAUAAAAAAGAAAAACAAAUCUAAAGGGUUAUAUAAGAAAUAUCUAAUCCAGGCGUGCAGACCAAGCCAACAGCAGACGAGAAAAUCCCAAAUCCCACCUCCAUAAAACAAAAGCCCUAGCUAGCAUCAAGUUUCAACGACACAGAGAGAAAAAAUGGCAGGAAUUGGUCACAUCACCCAGGAUUGGGAACCCGUGGUUGUCAGGAAGAAGGCACCCAACGCCGCCGCCAAGAAGGACGAGAAAGCCGUCAACGCCGCUCGCCGCGCCGGCGCUGAGAUUGAAACCCUCAAGAAAUCCACUGCUGGGACAAACAAAGCUGCUUCUAGUAGUACAUCCUUAAACACAAGGAAACUGGAUGAUGAAACAGAAAACCUUUCUCAUGACCGUGUACCAACGGAGCUCAAGAAAGCUAUUAUGCAAGCCAGAAUGGAUAAGAAACUCACCCAGUCUCAACUUGCUCAAAUGAUUAACGAGAAGCCCCAAGUGAUCCAGGAGUACGAAUCGGGAAAGGCUAUUCCAAAUCAACAGAUUAUUACGAAGCUGGAGAGAACUCUUGGAACGAAACUACGUGGAAAGAAAUAAAGAAUCCUUUGAAAUUAACGAGGGAAGCUUUAUGUUGUGGUUGGUCUUAAUUUGAAUUAAGUGUCACGCAUGCAUGUGUAGUGGCUAGUCUUCCGAAAGUCAAAACAUGUGUUAUGUGCAGAAACUUUUGUGUUUUGUAAGAAUGGUCCUCUAAUUUCUCGUGUGAUGAGUCAAGCUUUCAAUUUGGAAAACUAGUAUUUACUUCUUCAGUCUUUCCUAAUGCUUUCCUCUGUUCGUCACAAACAAGAGCACUAUGUGUUUAAGUGUUUGCAAUACAAAGUACUGAAGUAGAUUGUAAAUUCAAUUGCAACGCGUAUGCUUGUGUCUCACCGUGGCUGUCUUGGUGAGGCGUUGCCUCGAGUUUCCUUUGUUUGGUCUUACUAUUUUAUUUCGACAAAACAAUUCUUAAGGCACCAGUGGUUCCAGUGUCUAUCUCUUUUCUUCAAGGAAAA